GCUUGAAAAUUGACUAGGUACUUUGGUGAAGCCUCGAUUCCAAACCCUCCCACUUCCCCCCUCCCUCCCCAAGAACUUUUCUUUGGAGAAGAGAAAAAGCACCCACUUUCUCUCUCUCCUUCUGUCUUGAUUUCGUUCUGUUCCUUGAAUCUCCUAACUUUGAGCGGGUGGCAGCGGGCUGGACACCCCCCAGCUGCCCCGCAGAUCUUUGCAGCAGGGCUGCUCAGCGGUCUCGGGAGCUUGUGGUGCAACUAACUGCUCCUUCUCCGGCCAAUCGAAGCGAGAGGACCCCACGCCUCCCGCCUGGCAGUGCCUUGGGUCAGAGCCCCGGCUCGCCUUUUCUCGUAACCCGCCCCCUCCCUCGGGCUGUCGCAUGAAUCUCCUCGACCCCUUCAUGAAGAUGACUGACGAGCAGGAGAAGGGCCUGUCUGGAGCCCCUAGCCCCACUAUGUCGGAGGACUCGGCUGGCUCGCCCUGCCCCUCGGGCUCCGGCUCGGACACUGAGAACACCCGGCCCCAGGAAAACACCUUCCCCAAGGGCGAGUCCGACCUGAAGAAGGAAAGCGAGGAGGACAAGUUCCCCGUGUGCAUCCGGGAGGCAGUCAGCCAAGUGCUCAAGGGCUACGACUGGACCCUGGUGCCCAUGCCCGUGCGAGUCAAUGGCUCUAGCAAGAACAAGCCACAUGUCAAGCGGCCCAUGAACGCCUUUAUGGUAUGGGCGCAGGCGGCUCGCAGGAAGCUUGCAGACCAGUACCCGCACCUGCACAACGCCGAGCUCAGCAAGACUCUGGGCAAGCUCUGGAGGCUGUUAAACGAGAGUGAGAAGCGGCCCUUUGUGGAAGAGGCAGAGCGACUGAGGGUUCAGCACAAGAAGGACCACCCAGACUACAAGUACCAGCCUCGGAGAAGGAAGUCAGUCAAGAACGGGCAGGCGGAGCAGGAGGAAGGCGCUGAGCAGACACACAUCUCACCCAAUGCCAUCUUCAAGGCGCUGCAGGCUGAUUCUCCGCACUCCUCCUCUGGCAUGAGUGAAGUGCACUCCCCUGGGGAGCAUUCUGGACAGUCUCAGGGCCCACCAACCCCACCCACCACCCCCAAAACCGAUGUGCAGGCAGGCAAGGCUGAUCUGAAGAGAGAGGGACGCCCCCUGCAGGAAGGGGGAAGGCAGCCCCCAAUCGAUUUCCGAGAUGUGGACAUAGGGGAACUGAGUAGUGAUGUCAUCUCUAACAUCGAGACCUUUGACGUUAAUGAAUUUGACCAAUAUCUCCCACCCAAUGGCCACCCAGGAGUCCCGGUUACUCAUGGCCAGCCUGGUCAGGUUACUUACACGGGGAGCUAUGGCAUCAGCAGCACCUCUGCUCCCCCAUCUUCGUGGAUGUCAAAACAGCAGCAGCCUCAGCAGCCCCCACCUCCUCAGCAGCCUCCUCCGCCACCACAGCCUCCUCAGGCCCAGCAGCAGGCGCCACCACCGCAGCAGCAGCAGCAGUCAUCCCAGCAGCCACAGGCACCAUCUCAGCCCCACACCCUCACUCCUCUGAGCAGUGAACAGGGUCAGUCGCAGAGAACACACAUCAAGACAGAGCAGCUCAGCCCCAGCCAUUACAGUGAACAGCAGCAGCAUUCCCCUCAGCAGAUCCCCUACAACCCUUUCAGCCUGCCCCAUUACAGCCCCUCCUAUCCUACCAUCACCCGCUCCCAGUAUGAUUACACAGACCACCAGAACUCCAACUCCUAUUAUAGCCAUGCUGCAGGCCAGAGCUCCAGCCUCUACUCCACAUUCACCUACAUGAACCCUGCUCAGCGGCCCAUGUACACCCCCAUCGCUGACACAACUGGAGUCCCUUCCAUCCCCCAGACCCACAGCCCACAGCACUGGGAACAGCCGGUCUACACGCAGCUCACCAGACCAUAAGGAGAAUAAGAAAAAUUAUAUUCCCAAAACAAAACAAAACAAACAAUCAAAAAACCCAACCACAAUAAAAUCACCUUUGGACGUUUGCUUCCCCCUCCCCCCCCCCCCCUUGAUUCUUC